AUGUUUGACUCUUCAUCGGCGGACGAAAAGUCCCCUCGUGUGAGCAACGAGAAGAAGAACAACAAGAACGACAAGGAGGAUGUCGAGACUGGCGAGGCUGGCCUUGACCGGGCCAUGACCUCUCGUCACUUGCAGUUCAUCGCCAUUGGCGGUACCAUUGGAACUGGUCUCUUCCUUGGUGUCGGACCAGCUCUCGUCAAGGCUGGUCCCGUCUCUCUGCUCGUCGCCUUUGCCUUUAUGGGCUCAGUUGUUUACUCGGUCAUGGUCAGUCUGGGAGAGAUGGCCGCCUACAUCCCCAUCGCCGGUUCAUUUACUUCCUACGCUGCUCGUUUCGUCGAUCCUACCUUGGGUUUCGCCAUGGGAUGGCUGUACUGGUUCAGUUGGUCAAUUACCUUUGCUCUCGAGCUCGUCGCCGCCGGAAUCAUCAUUCAGUACUGGGAUUCCAGCCUCAGCAUCGCCAUCUGGAUUAGCGUUUUCUGGGCUCUCUUCACUGCUCUCAACUUUGUCCCCGUGCGUAUUUUCGGCGAGAUUGAGAUGUGGUUCUCCAUGAUCAAGGUCGUUACCAUCAUCGGCUUCAUCAUCUUCUCCAUCUGCAUCAACGCUGGUGUCGGUGACGAGGGCUACAUUGGCUUCAAGUACUGGAACGACCCCGGCGUUGCCAACGCCUACAUGGUCGAGGGUGCCACUGGCAAGUUUGUCGGUUUCUGGGCUGUCCUUGUUACCGCUGGUUUCUCUUUCCAGGGAACUGAGCUUGUCGGUGUCGGAGCUGGUGAGACUGCCAACCCCCGCAAGGCCAUUCCCGAGGCUAUCCGCUGGACUUUCUGGGGAAUUUUCAGCCUUUUCAUGGCCACCGUCUUCUUCGUUGGUAUCAACGUGCCCUUCAACGACGAGCGCCUCGACAGCGGUGCUCAGGAUGCUUCUGCCUCUCCUCUCGUCCUUGUCGCCACCCGCGCUGGUGUCAAGGUCCUCCCUGACAUCAUCAACGCUGUUCUCCUCUCCGCCAUCCUCACAGCUGCCAACUCCAACGUCUACUCCAGUAGCCGAAUCAUGGUCGCUCUCGCUGAGGAUGGUCUUGCCCCCGCUUUCAUGAAGCGCACCAACAAGCACGGCACCCCUUACUUCGCUGUCAUGUCUUGCUCCGUCAUGGGUCUGAUUGCCUACAUCAACCUCUCCUCCAACGGAGUUCAGGUUUUCAACUGGCUUCUCAACGUCAGUUCCACCUCGUGCUUCAUCACCUGGGUUCUGAUCAACGUCUGCCACGUCCGCUUCCAGAAGAUCAUGGCCGCGCAGGGCAUCCCCCGUGAUGAGCUUCCUUACCAGGCGCCUCUUCAGCCCUACCUGUCGUACUACGGCGCCUUCUUCGUAGCCCUCAUCACCAUCACCUGUGGUUUCACCGUCUUCAUUGAGUGGAGCACAGCUGAUUUCUUCUCCAACUACAUCAGCUUGAUGCUUUUCGCCGCGCUCUACGUUGGCCACAAGCUCAUCUGCCGAACCAAGGUUGUGCCUUUGCUUGAGGUCGAUCUGAGCAAGGGACGAGAGCAGAUGUAA